AUGGAGAUGCUCUCGUUGAUGAUUGGUGAGUUGCCCUCGGAAGAGAAGUCGGAGUUCAGUGGGCAGACCUUCGGAGAGUACCUUCCAGCUGGUGUCCCUUCGAUCGCCCCCAUGCCCCAGCUUGGUUGCGGGGUACACGAUAAAUCUCUUGCUAGUUUACACCUAGGAAGGAUUGUGAAAGAUAUGGCUGAUGAUGCCAUCUAA